GCUUCAUUCUAACGGUGCGGUGAGGUGAUAAACGCGCAAUAUUGUGAACAAAUUAAUUUUCACCAUGGAAAAGGUGGUUACAAAUAGGAACCUGAAUGGUUUCAAUGGUGAGCAGUUCACCGAACAAGUGACAGAUCAAAAGGACUCAAUUUCAACAAGUGACCAAAAAGUGGCACACCGAUUCCGAAAACUGAAAAUUGACCCAUCGUUCACAGCCAUAUUGCCUUCUGCUGUCGACACCGAAGAGCAUGAUUACGAUGAGCAUACCACGGAGAGUGACGACAAUGAACGUGGCAUUCGAACGCAGUAUGUGAGACUAAACGAGGAACAGCACGUUGAGGCAGUGGUGAUCCUGAAGAACGAUGGAACAAAAACCGGGCCGGAUGAAAUGGAGGAUCUAUUGCAAAGCAACGGGAAACUCAAAUUCAAUUUGACACCAGAACAGUUGGGUGGCAUUGCCGGUGGUAGUGCGACCAUGGAAAAUAGAAGUAUUCCGCGAAAGUCCAGUCUCCGCAGAAACUCUGUGUUCAGUAACCAAUCGGACCUGGAGAAGCAGCUGGUGAUGGAGAAACCGAAACCUAUUCCGGAACCGGCAGGAAUGUAUGAUGUUCCCAAGAGGAUUUUGAUGCCAAUGUUUUCUGAAGACCAGGAUUUCAUGGAUAUGAACAAUUUUUACGACCGAAAUGCCCAGCUGAAGUUCGACGAGAUUCUCACCGUGUAUGACCAGUUCCCGAUGGAUUUUCUUCCCAGUAAGUACAAAUGUGGUGUCUGCAAAAAACUAUGCAAUGAGCCACGUGUGCUGGAUUGCCUGCAUACUUUUUGCAAACGGUGUCUGAUAGAGCUGGAAGCCAACUCGAACAGCGGAAGCAACCUAUUUUGGCGACGGAUCAACGAGUGUGCCAACUUUGACUGGGAUAGUAAGGUCAAGAGUGGCGAGCUUGAAGCAAACGAUGAAAGCAACAGAGAAAAUGAAAAGUUCCUAGCUGGGGCGACUUCCACACAUGAAUCCUCACGUGCCAUCAAUUGUGCUGCUAAUCAUGAUGGUUUCAGCGGAGAAUCACGUUUCGAUCAGAUUAGAGCGUCUUUUCAGAACUUCAAGGAGAAAAAACUGUUUGAAGUCACCGUCUAAAGAGAGGACUAAAAGCAAUCUAAAGCUCGCAGCGAAAAUUGACCAAGAAAAGGAUUUGAUCUGUCCCAGUUGCGGAUUGGCAACCGUGCUCCCACUGGAGGAGUGAAUCGCUUACCGCCUCAUUUUGUCAUGGAACGCAAAAUUGAAGAUAUGGUUUCGGCUUGCGGAAAUCCUCCGCCGAAUCUGUUCUGCGAAUUGUGCACUAAUGAAGUCACGGCCACAUCGUCGUGCUCCACGUGUUCCCUCAAGUUGUGCAGCUUUUGCAAGGAAGCCCACCAGCGGCAGCGUAAUACAGCCCAGCAUAAGGUUCGCUCGCUUGGGGAGCUGUUGAAAAAAUCCCGCCACAAUGAUCCGGAGGCACGCUCGAUUAAGUGUCCCAUGCAUCCGGAGCAUCAAUUAAAAUUAUUCUGCACCACUUGCCAUCAAGUCAUAUGUAACGAGUGCACCGCUUUCAUUCACCGGGACCAUAAAUACACGUCUGCAUCGAAAGCGGGCAAGGUUUACAGUAAGUUUGUGAAAAAUGCAAUCGAGCAGACGAAACCGCUCGAAGAUUACGCCAUGCAAUCGAUCGGACGGCUCAAUGACAUGUCGAUAAGGAUCAACAGCAAGUGUGAAGCGGUCCAACGGGACGUGGAAGCUUACAUCGAUGAGUAUGUUGCUGCACUGGAGGACCACCGGAAGGCGCUGCUAAAACAAAUCGGCGAGGUGCGGG